UCACCUGUUUUUUUCAGAAAAUUAUUCUCAAAUUAAUGAAGUCAAGUACUAAAAAUUUAAGUAAAAAACAAAAAAAUCGAGAAUAAAUUUUUAGUAUGUAUUCAUUAACUCUUUCGACCUUAAAAGUUGUCAGGAAGUGCCCUAUCCAACGAAGCACGGUUCUAUACCAGCUCCAGCACUGCACCAGCAAUCAGAAUGAUAAUUCGAAGUUGAACUACAGCAGCAAGAGGCUGUUGGAGAAAAAGGUGUCUGACCACUUCCUUCCGAUAUCAAGGCAGGCUAGCAAAGCGAGCACGGUGAGUUUCGACAACAUCCGAUUCCAAGUGGAAUCAAUUUUCAGGGAUGUGAAAAUGAAGGACAUGGCAACAGGACCAACGGAGGUCUUCUGGUACAACGCCGUGAGCUUGGUACCAAUAGCGUUCCCCUCAUUGGCUUUCUUGCUUACCGGCUUCCAUCCCAGCCUGUUUUCUUUGCAAAUCACUUACAGCGCCAUUCUCCUUUCAUUCCACGGCGGGACCAGAUUCGGACACGAGCUGGAGAAGAAAGAAGCGAUGACAUGGGAAAGCGUUUCAUGGUCCUUUGUACCAUUUUCCCUCGGAUUGUUGAGCGUCAUGCUUCCUCAAGUCCUAUGCCCGAUCACACUUUCUGCCGGUUUUCUCUUUUCGGCCUAUGUUGACCUUACUUUGAGCAAAAUGCCGACUUGGUUCAGAGCUAUGAGAUUAGCCUUUGUUUUUCCCGCGGUGCUAUCUCUCGCAAUCGCAUUUUUAUGGAAUUUGUUCAACUAAUAUACAUAUUAUAAGUUGUUUUGUUUAAA